AUGACAUACAGACAAAUUACUCUGAAUGAUGAAUAAGAAAACACGCGUUUCGUAUCACAGCUGUACGCACGCAUUUCGAAUUACGGCUACGUAAUUGAAUGCGCCGCUACUGCAUAUCGCUUUCGUCAUCAGCGUGCGAUUCUCCAUGCUGUAGGAAACAAGCACAUUUUAUGCCUUUUUCUCAUUGAGGGGGUAUUGGCUUUAAACAGUAAAAUGAGGGAAACACCGUUAUCAAACUGUGAACGACAGUUUCUACUAAAGGCUAUUGAAGAGAAAAAGCGGUUGGAUGGAAGACAAACAUAUGACUACAGAAAUAUUAAGAUCGCAUUUGGAACAGAUUAUGGAUGCUGCAUUGUUGACCUUGGAAAGACGAGGGUUCUGGCGCAAGUGUCUUGUGAACUGGUAGCUCCUAAAGAGAACCGGCCAACAGAGGGCAUCAUUUUCUUCAACCUGGAGCUCUCCCCAAUGGCCUCUCCUGCCUUUGAGCUCGGCCGGCAGUCUGAGUUACUUGUGAAGUUAAACAGACUAUUGGAAAGAUGUCUCCGAAACUCCAAGUGCAUCGACACAGAGUCCCUGUGUGUAGUCUCAGGUGAAAAGGUGUGGCAGAUCAGAGUGGAUGUACAUGUGCUGAACCACGAUGGUAACAUCAUGGACGCGGCCAGUAUAGCGGCCAUCACAGCGCUGUGCCACUUCAGAAGGCCUGAUGUGGGCAUCCAGGGAGAAGAGGUCACUGUGUAUAGCCCAGAAGAACGAGACCCAAUACCCCUUAGUAUCUAUCACAUGCCCAUAUGUGUUAGUUUCUCCUUUUUUCAACAAGGGACGUACCUGCUGGUGGACCCCAGUGAACGAGAGGAGCGGGUGAUGGACGGCCUGCUGGUCAUCGCCAUGAACAAACACAGAGAGAUCUGCUCCAUUCAGUCCAGCGGAGGGAUCAUGCUCCUGAAAGAGCAGGUCUUACGGUGCAGCAAGAUUGCAAGUGUGAAAGUGUCGGAGAUAACAGACCUUAUCAACAAAGCUCUGGAAAAUGACAGAAAAGUCAGGAAAGAGGGGGGAAAAUAUGGCUUUGCGGAAUCGAUGCCCAAAGAGCGAAUCACGGCGCUGAAAACAGAUGUUGCUCCGGUAGAGAUGACUGACAUCGAGAAGAAAGCUGAGGACAUCAUCAGCGGAACGGAGCCCCCGUCUGACUCCAGUGUACCCUCACCUGUGGUGCGAGCCCCAGGGACCGGGCAGGUCGGAGAGGGUCUGGGGAACACCUGGGGGCUGGAUCAACUGGAGGAGGAUGAGGAGGAGCUUGUGGACCAAGCCAUGGAGGAAGGGCAGGAGACAGAGGAGAGGGGUCAGAGCCCUGAAAAAGGUGAGGUGGUUGUCAUCUCUGACAGUGAAGAGGAAGAAGUUGUCAUCUUACAUCAGGGAGUGCAAGUCAAAGAUUCAAAUGUACCAGCAAGCAGUUCCCAACAGCAAGGUGCAGGUGCGUCAAAGAAGAAGAAAAAGAAAAAGAAGCCUGCCCAGUGAACCUGUUCCGAAGUGGCAGCAACCAAAUACUUCCCACCGGAAACAGUCCCCUACCUUCAACUGCAAGUUUCAGGUCUUCUGACUGAACACCCAAACCCUUCCACUGUGCUUUGAUUUUGUCCUUAAAAUGUAUGUGUUUAUAUAUAGAAUGCAUUUGGGGUUUUUACUUUGUGGCUGUUCAUCAUCAAACAGAUCUGAUUUGAUUUAAAGAUCAGAGUUUAUUUCAGGCAGCUAGCUGUCUUUAUUUUGGAAUGCACAUCCCGCUGUCCCUAAAAGCAGUCAUAUGAAGCCAUUGCAUUUACUACACAAUACAAGCGAGGAGUCUGGCUUUGAGCAUUUUGUGAAGAUUUACAGGAAUAGCCUUCUCAAGCAUGCAAAGUGCUUGAAAGUCAUUUUAGUUUUUGCUGUACUUCUUGGGCAGGAUGCUAACAGUAGCAAAAGUGUGCAGGAGAAAUGCAGCCGAAUGUAUAAACUGUAUAUUUAAAUGCAGCCAUUUAAAGGACAUCAGAUGGGUAGGUUUAGUGGCCGUUUGGCAAAUUGUAUUCAGAUUAAAAUCCAAAACACCUUGAAAAAUGUCACAAUAAAAAACAGACCCAGUGAUCAAGUUUCCAGCUCAGGUCAGUGGAAUUUAUGACUUAAGGUUUACUCAAACAUUUUAUGUUCAAGGUCUUAUUGACAAGUGAUUUCGUGCUAUACCUUUAUGCAGAAAACCGCAUAAAGCAUUCCAAAAUACCAACAGGCAAUAGCCCGUGGAUUUUAUUUAGGCUAUGUUAAUUUCAUGAAUUCCGCAGUUUGUGAAUGGGUCAUGUGAUAAUUUGGUUAAAGUAAAAUGAAACUCGUAACUCUUUCUAAAAGCCACUAUAAUUACGCGGUGUGUGGAUACUGAUACGGCGUUUAACCAUUCGUGCGAGGAAUGCCGUGUUUGCCGCGCUUACAUGCUGACCUCGUCACUUCAGCGGUGGUCAAACAACAGACAUGUCGGGGCAGAGCCCAUCGUCAACAGUCAAAGCGUCUCAACAGGGAUAAGAAAAAUGACUCUACAAACGAGUGUUUUCCCAGGCAAAUUCCACAUGGCGACGAGCUGGCGUCUCUAAUAAGUUAGCAACGCGUUUGCUGUUCUGCGUUUUUCAGGUAAAACCGCAAUCCGCGCAAUAUGCCGUUUGUAUAAAGAAGCUUGUCCUGGACGGAAUAUAUAGCAGUGGGAUACUUUACAUAAAUUCAAUAAUGUGUAUCU